GGACAGGGUGCGCGGGAGGCACGCAGAGCUCGGGGCUGCCUGCGCUCGCAGCGCCUGGGGAAUUGGCUGUGGGCGAGGCGGCCCUGGCUGCCCUUUAUCGCUCGCUGGGCUCGUCUUUUGAAACUUUAUCAGUGAGUCUCACCACUAGCCGCAGACGCGAGCGGCGGGGGGGCGGGGGCGCAGAGGCGCCGGCAGCCGUGACGAGGCGCUCCCGGAGCUGAGCGCUUCUGCUCCGGGCACGCAUGGCGCCCGCACACGGAGUCUGACCUGAUGUAGACGCAAGGGGGUUAAUAUGAACGUCCCUCUCGGUGGAAUCUGGCUCUGGCUCCCUCUGCUCUUGACCUGGCUCACCCCUGAGGUCAGCUCUUCAUGGUGGUACAUGAGAGCUACAGGUGGCUCCUCCAGGGUGAUGUGUGACAAUGUGCCAGGUCUGGUGAGCCGGCAGCGUCAGCUGUGCCACCGACACCCAGAUGUGAUGCGUGCCAUUGGCCUGGGUGUGUCAGAGUGGACCGCAGAGUGCCAGCACCAGUUCCGCCAGCAUCGCUGGAACUGCAACACCCUGGACAGAGAUCACAGCCUCUUUGGCCGGGUCCUCAUCCGAAGUAGUCGGGAAUCGGCCUUUGUUUACGCCAUCUCUUCAGCUGGCGUUGUAUUUGCCAUCACCAGGGCCUGUAGCCAAGGAGAAUUAAAGUCCUGCUCCUGUGAUCCAAAGAAGAAAGGAAGUGCCAAGGACAGCAAAGGCACUUUCGACUGGGGUGGCUGCAGUGACAACAUUGACUACGGGAUCAAAUUCGCCCGUGCCUUUGUAGAUGCCAAGGAAAGGAAAGGCAAGGAUGCCAGAGCCCUGAUGAAUCUUCACAACAACAGAGCUGGAAGGAAGGCUGUAAAGCGCUUUUUGAAACAAGAAUGCAAGUGUCAUGGUGUGAGUGGCUCGUGUACUCUGAGGACCUGCUGGCUGGCCAUGGCUGACUUCAGGAAAACAGGCGACUAUCUCUGGAGGAAGUACAACGGGGCCAUCCAGGUGGUCAUGAACCAGGAUGGCACUGGCUUCACUGUAGCCAAUAAGAGGUUUAAAAAGCCUACGAAAAAUGACCUCGUUUAUUUUGAGAAUUCUCCAGACUACUGUAUCAGGGACCGAGAGGCAGGCUCCCUGGGUACAGCAGGUCGUGUGUGCAACUUGACUUCCCGAGGCAUGGACAGCUGCGAAGUUAUGUGUUGUGGGAGAGGCUAUGACACAUCCCAUGUUACCCGGAUGACCAAGUGUGAGUGUAAAUUCCACUGGUGCUGUGCCGUGCGCUGUCAGGACUGCCUGGAGGCCCUGGAUGUGCACACAUGCAAGGCCCCCAAGAGUGCCGACUGGACGACUCCUACAUGACCUCAGCGGAGGUCAUAUUCUCCCUUUCUUCCCUCAAGGACUCCAAUUACAUCUGCAAGGACACUGGACCUCUGGGUUGUUUUCAGGGGGCUGUUUCUUAAGGCAUGUAGCCUUCAUCUCAACAGAAACCCCUUUCCCCUCUUUGGGGCCCCAGGACUGGGAUCCACCUGCUGCACAUGAGUAUACCCUAUUCUGUCUAUCUUGGGCAUUCUGAGGUCACCUCUUUUCCUGCUGAUUUCUUUUUGGAAAUGGCAUGACAGGUUGUUAGAGGAGGAGGGCCAUGGCCCCCCACCACUGUCACCUAGACAUUUCCUCUUUCUUCUUUGGCUGUGGGGAGAAACAACAUCACAUAGCAGAGGAGUUUUCCUCUGGGUCUUCCCACAGAUUCCAACAGUUCAGAAUGUCCAUGCUUCCCUCUGGGGCUCUGGGUAGGUAUGGAAAGCAGAAUCGACUGACACCAAAAUUUCCUCCUAUUUUUUAAAAAGACUAAGCAAGGGCUUUAACAAAGUGAUAACUGUUGAUACCAUUCUUGGUGAUUGCCUAGAGAAGGAUAGCUUCCAAUAAACAUCAGGUUAAAAAAUGUAUGUUUUCAAAGAAUUUAUUGGAUAUUAAGCCCGGAUACCAUAGGGUCAGAAUGUUUGUCCUUUCUGACCGUGUUAUGUUGAACAUUCCUGUCAGCCAACACCUUAGAAAUUGAUUGUUUUUCCUCACUGUCCCAUCAGUUUAAGGACUCUUAAGAGAUAAGACUUCUCAGUGUGCUCUGUAGAGAAUCUGAAGGGGGAAUAAAUGAUCUAACAGUAUUAUAUAACUACUGGGUAAAUAUGGUCUAAAAAUAAUAAUACUAAUAACUUUGUGAGUGGAAUAUCAUAAAUAUGAUUGUAUGGGAAAAAAGAAAGAAAAAAGAGCAAAGAAAAAAGCAAAGAAAGCAAUAAAAUCCUAGUGAAAUUUUUGACUAAGACUACUUUGCAUAUGCCCUCACUUUGCAUAUGCCCACUUUGAGGACCCGUGUAGUACUGACAGAGAGGUCUUCAGAGCCUAGGAACCACUUUCCCAUACUCAGAUGCCCAUGAGAGCUAUGUUGUAUGUUGAGGAACAUUGGCUAGGAUCCACCAACCUUAAGGCCUGAUACUCCUGUGUUUGUUUAAUGCUUGCAAGAUGUAAGAGUGCAGCCUAGAGAAAAAUAGCACAUCACUUCACCUUUAAAGCUGGUAACACUACUGUACCACAUUGCAAGUGGUCUGUAACUUGGAGGCCAUAUUUAAGUAAUACAGCUGUAGUUACAGGAAUAUCCGUGUGGAAAUAGGGAUUGACUUCUGCUGGGAGAAGACAUUCAGAGAAAAAGGAGAGGCUGUAGGCCCCAAUUUAUGCUUUUAAUGUUAGAUGAAAGAAAGUGAAGUUGAUAAGUCUACUUCUCAUUGUGCUGCAUAAUCUAGUUCUUCCUCUACAUAUAAUUUCUUCAUCUAGCUGUAUUAGCUAAUAGGAUGUCUCCCAGUAUACAGCCAGCAUCAACUGGUACUUUCUUGAUGUUUCAUACUUUGCCCUUCAUUUUUUCCAUCCUUGUCCAAAUCUCUCAGCCUGAAGCUCAUGGACAGCAAAUAGCUGGAGUUCUUGUCAGAGCUAGUGUUAGCCUCUUACCCAUCUUAAAAUGACUGAGCUCCAAUACUGUCCUCUACUUCUCCCUUUCUUCCCUCUCCUUCUAGUGAUAGAAGUCAAAUCAGGGUCUUGUCCUUGCCAGGCGAGUACCUCUACCACUGAGCCACAUCUACAUCUGUUCUCUUUGUAUAUCAUGAAUUCAGUAAAUAGGAGCAAUGAGCAGGAAAGUGGCAACUCAGAACUUAGCAUGGGGAAGGCCUGGCUGGGUCAUGGCUCCCUGUAUCCUGGACACUGGGAAAGCUUUCAUGAGGGUCCCAAAGCUGCCAUCACUUCUUGCUACUAAGUGAACAGUGAAAUCUUAAGUCCAUGGAUAUCUUCAGGAUGGGGAAGGUGUCUACAGGAUAGCAGCUCCUUCCAGAUCAGGCAAUAGAGCUGUAGGGAUCCCUGCAAACAUCAGCUGGAACCCCAGUAUGAAUAGGACUUGAAAAAGGUUAGUUUGUCCAUUCAAAGGAACAAGUUUCUCUCAGACGAACUGACAGAGACUACAGAAUUUUUGCCUCCGGUGGAUAUUUAUCUCUUUUUAAUUAUGAUUGCUGAGAUGUUAAAUUCCUGAAUUUCUUUUUAUGCUGAGAUAUGUCCCUCUGAUAGGCAUCAAGGAACCAAGGCCUAUCCAUAUGAAGCCCAUAGACUUUGCUCUAGUAUGCAAGGACAUAGGACCAGUCCCUGCAGAGAGCAACGGGUCUUCCCUGGGGUGGGGCAGGGGAGGAGCAGAGAAGCAAAUGAAAUGUUCUCAUCUGCUUCUAUUUCCUAAAAAAAAAAAAAAAGACAUUUAUAUUUGAAAAGAAUUAAAACAAUAACUCCAAACUCACUUUCUUUAGGGUUUAGUGGAAGAUUGAUAUUCUGGAAGUCAGAAAUACUCUAAGACCUUGAUUAUCUUGGGUCAUUAUGAAAAGUCUAUCACACUUUAUUAGCAAAACAAAACAAGGAAGAUGUUCAUUCAGGUCAAACUUCCAUCAAACUGACCCCCCCUGCAAAUUGAAGUCAUACUAUAAAUUGGUCCUUCAGGCCUUCGUUAACGUUAAUUAAUUUCCUGCACUAUCUGAAUAUAUUUCCACAAUACAUCUUGACUAGUUUUCUAGGGUUUCUAUGGAAUAAUCAUAACAUAACCCUAAGAUUUAGCCUGUGGAUGGCUUUUUUCAACAGAUUUUCUUUACUAAAGUUGUUUCCAUCGCUUACUGACAGUUGUCUAUCGUCUGGAUGCUUGCUUUGUCAAGUAACCUUCCAAUUAUAGUACCCUCCCACAACCCCUUCUAGUCUGAAAUCAAUAUCCUAUCUCAAGAGGUCAGUUCUCCCCUCAAAUGUCUUUAGUCUGAGCAGGAAAGGACCAGAUCCAUAAGCAUACUCAGUUCCCAGUGUGCUCCUUCACUACCUGACAGAUUUCCAAGGAAGGGAGAGGGGGAAGGGACACAAGACUCUGCAAAACAUUUCCUAUUUGGUGUCACCAGGUUGAAACAGACACCUGAGAGAUGAAGUUAUUCCACUUGAGUGACAUCAGGUGAUGCAACCAGAUAUAAAGAAAAGAACCUGCCAGUUUUGUCCAUCUUUGUCCACCUUUCAAGUGACUGGCCAAGCUCUGUAAUCAUGGGUAAUGGCAUUUUCCAUUCUUGUUGGUCGUGCCUGCCCUUUCUGAUGUUGUUGCUUCCCUCCCAUCAAGCACCUUCUUCCUGAGAGUCAAGGGCCCUGACCGGAACUCAAGUUCCCUACCCAUUGGAUAGUUCUUUGCACUUGAAAUCAUCAACAUUUAUUGCAAUCAUCACUAUCAAAUUCCUUCACCUUAGAAUUCCUGCUCUUAAAGAAAACAAACUCAAGUAUUGGGUUGUUUUAUCAAAGAAGACAUCGUUAAAGUCAGAAUACUUCCCAAUGAGCAGAUCCUUUGUAAUUUAGAGAAGAUCCUUGCCAUCUGUGGCAGAGUUACAGCAGACCAUCUCAGAGUCCCUGCAUGACUGUGCUUGAACACCCCUGGACCAUAUUCUCAGCUUUUAGAGGUUGGCCUGGGGCUUGUGUCUCACACAGUUGAAAUACAUUCACCCAUCCUUGCCACAUACACAUACCUCUUGCACGAUUUCAAAAAUGAAAGCUCAGAGAAGUAUACAGAACCCUCUUUUGUGACUAGUUCUGUUUUUCAGUCUGAGUUUCCUUAUCUUAAGAGCAACAUUUGUACUUAAUAAACAGACCUCAAUAGUUCUAAAACUGGGAUAUAGCCUGGCAGGCAUGUGUUGAACUUCUGAGAAGAAAUGCUUGGCUGUGAGCUGACAGGUAAGGCAAGGUGACUUUGACCUUCUCCUCCUGAGGCAGAGGCAAGUCUCACUCACCCUUGAGAAUGGGCUUUACAUUUUUUCUGGGGAUCAGCAAAGUGACAAGUAGUUUGAAAUCCAACAUGAUCAUUAUUUUUCUAAACUAUAGUAAUUUCUAGCCCUGGCUGUUCUGUUUUGUUUUUCCUUUCUCCCCAAAAUUCCCAUGGAUUCCUCUUUAACCAAACCUCCCACUUCCAUAAGCUAAUAAAAGUGUCACAUCGGUUGUUAUAAAGAACUAUUGUUAUUUACAAGUUGGCAUUUUCUGUGAAAUCAAAGCAUAAUAAAGUGAAAUUUUGGUGUUAA